AUGGCUUGGUUUCGGCUUGCCGUGAGAAGAACCCUAGAUCGGCUACCUCAUCAUGGCAUCAGAAACCCCCUCCUCCGCCCUUCUUCUUCACUUCUUCCUUCUCACUCGAGAAGCUUCCACUCCCCAGUGCUCCGAUUGGACAAAUCUGAUCCCGUCCCUUGUGCCAUGCCUCUUUCGAGGCUCACCGAAAGCUUCCUCAACAGCACAAGCAAUGUCUACUUGGAGGAGCUGCAGAGGGCUUGGGAAGCUGAUCCGAAGAGUGUCGAUGAAUCCUGGGACAACUUCUUUAGAAACUUUUUGGGACAAUCUUUGGCUUUCCCAGAAAUUUCGGGCCAGACCAUCCAAGAGAGCAUGAAGCUGCUCCUUUUAGUCAGAGCCUACCAGGUCAAUGGCCACAUGAAGGCCAAGUUGGACCCUUUAGGUUUAGAGAAGAGGGAACUCCCUGAAGAUCUCGAUUUACGCUACUACGGAUUCACGGAAGCUGACUUAGAUAGAGAAUUCUUCAUAGGUGUGUGGAGAAUGUCGGGCAUCUUAUCCGAGAACCGCCCUGUCCAAACCCUAAGGGAGAUAUUAAACAAGCUCGAGCAGGCUUAUUGUGGGACUAUUGGAUAUGAGUACAUGCACAUUCGGCAUUGGUCGAGGAAGAGAAUUGAGACAGGAAAGCCCCUUGAGUAUAGCCAUGAUCGGCGGCUAGUGAUCCUCGAUCGGCUCUCCUGGAGCACGCUUUUCGAGAGUUUCCUGGCGACAAAGUGGACCACCGCGAAAAGGUUUGGUCUUGAAGGUGCGGAGACGAUGAUCCCUGGAAUGAAGGAGAUGUUUGAUCGCGCGGCUGAUAAAGGAGUAGAGAGCAUCGCCAUGGGAAUGUCUCAUAGGGGACGACUCAAUGUAUUGGGCAAUGUGGUGCGGAAGCCAUUGCGGCAGAUCUUUAGCGAGUUCAGUGGCGAUACAAAGCUCGUGCUGGAGGAAGAAGGGCUAUACACAGGAACGGGGGAUGUGAAGUACCAUUUGGGCACUUCGUAUGAUAGGCCCACUAGAAGCAAGAGAAUUCAUCUAUCUUUAGUUGCUAACCCCAGCCAUUUGGAAGCUGUCGAUCCUGUUGUUGUGGGGAAGACGCGUGCAAAACAGUUUUAUUCUGAUGAUAUUGAGAGGAUAAAGAAUGUGGGUGUAUUGAUUCAUGGAGAUGGUAGCUUUGCAGGGCAGGGUGUGGUUUAUGAGACUCUCCAUCUAAGUGACCUUCCCAACUACACCACUGGUGGGACCAUUCAUAUUGUGGUUAACAACCAAGUGGCUUUUACGACCGAUCCUAAAUCCGGAAGGUCUUCACAGUACUGUACGGACGUUGCUAAAGCAUUAAAUGCACCAAUAUUUCAUGUGAAUGGUGAUGGUAUUGAAGCAGUCGUUCAUUGCUGUGAACUCGCAGUGGAUUGGCGGCAGACAUUCCAUUCUGAUGUGGUGGUGGACCUAGUUUGUUACAGGCGAUAUGGGCAUAAUGAGAUUGAUGAGCCCUCUUUUACGCAGCCCAAAAUGUAUCAGGUUAUUCGAAAUCAUCCAAGUGCUCUUGAAAUUUACAAGAAGAAACUUAUAGAAUCAGGGGAUAUCUCUGAAGAGGAUAUUGAGAGGAUUCACAACAAAGUCAACUCCAUCCUGAAUGAAGAAUUCGUCAAAAGCAAAGACUAUGUUCCGAAAAAAAGGGACUGGCUUUCAGCUUAUUGGACGGGAUUCAAGUCGCCCGAACAGAUUUCUCGAAUUCGGAACACUGGAGUCAAGCCUGAGAUACUAAAACAAGUCGGAAAAGCCAUUACGUAUCUUCCUGAGAAUUUUAAGCCCCACACAAAAGUGAAGAGGAUCUUUGAAACUCGUGCUCAGAUGAUUGAAACUGGGGAAGGGAUUGACUGGGCACUUGCGGAGGCACUUGCUUCUGCGACUCUUGUAGUGGAAGGGAAUCAUGUUCGGUUGAGUGGUCAAGAUGUUGAAAGAGGAACUUUUAGUCAUAGACAUGCAGUUAUCCAUGACCAGGAAACUGGUGAGAUGUACUGUCCUCUUGACCAUCUUGUGAUGAACCAUAAAGAGGGCAUGUUUACUGCUAGCGACAGUUCGCUUUCAGAAUUUGGUGUUGUUGGCUUUGAAUUGGGAUACUCAAUGGAGAAUCCUAAUUCCCUAGUACUCUGGGAAGCUCAGUUUGGCGACUUUGCAAAUGGUGCUCAAGUGAUAUUUGAUCAAUUUUUGAGUAGUGGAGAGUCAAAAUGGCUGCGCCAAACUGGACUCGUUGUUUUACUGCCCCAUGGUUAUGAAGGUCAGGGCCCAGAACAUUCAAGUGCACGUCUAGAACGUUUUCUUCAGAUGAGCGAUGACAAUCCUUAUGUGAUACCUGAGAUGGAACCCACACUUCGGAAACAGAUCCAGGAAAGCAAUUGGCAAGUUGUUAAUGUCACCACACCCGCAAAUUACUUUCAUGUUCUGAGGCGUCAGAUACAUAGGGAGUUCCGGAAACCUUUGAUUCUAAUGUCUCCUAAGAACCUUCUUCGGCACAAGGAUUGCAAAUCGCACCUUUCUGAGUUUGAUGAUGUCAAAGGACAUCCUGGAUUUGAUAGGCAAGGGACCCGAUUCAAGCGGCUUAUAAAGGAUCCGAAUGAUCAUAAAGAGGUUGAGGAGGGCAUAAAUCGCCUAAUUCUAUGCUCUGGGAAGAUAUACUAUGAUCUUGAUGAAGAGAGGAAGAGAAAGGAGCGCAAAGAUGUUGCAAUCUGCAGAAUUGAACAGUUGUCCCCAUUCCCUUUUGACCUAGUUCAGCGGGAGCUAAAGCAUUAUCCAAGUAUGAAACUUUUCACUAGAUUGUUAAUGUAUUGGAGCUUUAGAGCACAUUCAAACUUUAUUUCACACACAUGGUUCACUUAUCUUUUCUUUUUUUCUGAGUGGUCACAGUGGUUCACUAUGCUCAAAAGUUUGAAAUUAUCUGAGAAAUAUAUCUCAACUGCCGAGUAUUUACUCCGUUGCCAUAGUGCCAGAUGUAGAUGCAGGGGACAACUGUUAUUUGAAGUUUCGAUUGCUUAA